AUGAUUCAGAGAAAAGUGGAGGUAGUGGAGGCAGCUUCAGAGGAAGAACCAACAAGCAAAAUGAGUGUUAAAGCAACUGCAUCAUCUCUCCAGUCCCGACAAGCUGUUCAGCACAACUCCUUCUUUGAUUCAGGAAGGAAACUAGAAUAUGGAAAUGUUGAUGAAGCAUUUAAAGUGGUUGAUCACAUUCUUGAAGGUGAAGUGCAUAUGGGAGGUCAAGAACAUUUUUAUAUGGAAACCCAAAGCAUGCUUGCUGUUCCCAAAGGAGAGGAUCAAGAAAUAGAUGUCUGUGUGUCCACACAGUUUCCCAGAUAUGUACAGGAAAUAAUUGCCUCAAACUUGAAGGUGCCAGCUAACAAGGUCAUGUGUCAUGUUAGACGUGUCGGUGGGGGAUUUGGGGGGAAGGUGACCAAAACAGGCGUCUUGGCAGCCAUCCCUGCAUUUACUGCAAACAAAACCAUCGAUGGCAGAAUCUUGGCCCUGGAAAUGCAGCAUUAUAGCAAUGGAGGCUUCUCCCUGGAUGAGUCACCACAUGUGAUGGAAGAGGGACUUCUGAGCAUGGACAACCUUACUUACAAGUUUGCCAACCUGCGCUGCCAGGCUCGGGCGUGCAGAAACAACCUUCCGCCCAGCACAGCUAUGCGUGGCUUUGGCUUUCCUCAGGCGGGACCGAUCACCGAGUCCUGUAUCACAGAAGUUGCAGCCCAGUGUGGUUUGUCCCCUGAGAAGGUCCAAAUGAUGAACAUGUACAAGGAAAUUGAUGAAACGCACUACAAACAAGAGAUUAAUGCCAAGAACCUGAUCCCUUGUUGGAGGGAAUGUAUGGCCACGUCUUCCUACUCCCUGAGGAAAGCGGCCAUGGAAAAAUUCAACAUGGAGAACUACUAGAAGAAGAAGGGGCUGGCCAUGGUCCCCCUGAAGUAUGCUGUCAGGCUUAGCUCGGUUUCUGCUUGUCAGGCUGCCGCCCUGGUUCACGUUUAUCUAGAUGGCUCUGUGCUAGUCACACACGGUGGAAUUGAGAUGGGGCAGGGCGUCCACACUAAAAUGAUUCAGGUGGUCAGCCAUGAAUUAAGGAUGCCAAUGUCAAACAUCCACCUGCAUGGAACAAGCACGGAAACUGUCCCUAAUACAAAUGUCUCAGGAGGGUCUGUGGUAGCGGAUUUCAACAGGUUGGCAGUAAAGGAUGCUUGUCAAACUCUUCUAAAAUGCCUUGAACCCAUCAUCAGCAAGAAUCCUCAAGGAACUUGGAAGGAUUGGGCACAGACUGCUUUUGAUGAAAGCAUUAGUCUUUCAGCUACUGGAUACUUCAGGGGUUACGAGUUAAACAUGGUCUGGGAGAAAGGUGAAGGCCGUCCUUUCGAAUACUAUGUUUAUAGAGCUGCCUGUUCCUAGGUUGAAAUAGACUGCCUGACGGGGGAUCAUAAGAAUAUCAGAACAGACAUUGUCAUGUAUAUUGGCUGCAGUAUAAAUCCAGCCCUUGACAUAGGCCAGAUUGAAGGUGCAUUUACUCAAGGCAUGGGACUUUAUACAAUAGAGGAACUGCAUUAUUCUCCUCAGGGUGUACUGUACACUCGUGGUCCCAACCAGUAUAAAAUCCCCGCCAUCUGUGACAUCCCCAUAGAGCUGAACAUUUCUUUAUUGCCUCCGACUCAAAAUUCAAAUACCCCGUAUUCAUCUAAGGGUCUGGGAGAGUCUGCGCUGUUCCUGGGGUGUUCAGUGUUUUUCGCCAUCCAUGAUGCGGCGAGAGCAGCCCGGCAGGAGAGAGGCCUGUUAGGACCACUGAAGCUCAGAAGUCCACUGACGCCAGAGAAGAUUAGGAUGGCCCGUGAAGACAAGUUCACAAAAAUGCUACGUUCUAUCCCAAGAGAUGAGCCUGGAUCCUAUGUACCUAUAUGA